UCCUGGAAAACUGUUUCUCGCUAUCCUUCUCGUCCUCCUCCCUUCCCUCCUUCAGAGCGAAGGGACGCAAAGCGUCAAGCGAUUGUGUAGAUUCUUCUGCAAGUUCUGAAUCACUCGAUCGACGCUGCUCAGUUUCAGCUUGUUCCGGAGGGCCGAUUCUCUCCGAAAGUCCUGAUCUUUCAUCGCCGACCCAGUAGCUUCUGUUGAUCAAUCGCCGCCCUCUGCCGCGGAAGGGUGCAAAUUAGGGCAGAACCGCAGCGAUGGCGUCCUCAUCAGUGAUUACGCCGGAGGAUGUGUUAGAGUCCCUCAUGAACGACGGCACGAUGGACGCCCUCCGUUCGAAGAUCAUCAAUCAGCUCAAAGCCAAUGAGGAGCUGAAGAGCACCGCCAUUGGAAUGGCUGAAGAGAGCAAAGUCCUGAAGGCUCCGGGGGCUGAGAAGCAGAGCAAGAGGGAGUUAUUUGACGCCCUGCGGCAGGAACUCGAGGCCCCUGUGCUUGAGAAAGCCUCUAAAUCGGUGUGGGACAUAAUUCUGGACAAUGACGGGCUGGGGAAGGAAAUAAAUGAGACGGUUGAGAGGGUAUUCUGUCGGUUAAGCGGAAGAGAGCCACCACUCCAGCCUUCUGAUUUUGAAGGUCUUCAGGAUAAGGCGAUUGAGAAUGACAAGGGCAAAGGGAAAGAAAAGGAUAGAAGUAGGGAUCAUGGAAAAAAGGACAUGCUCUUGGCACCUAAGAAGAGGAGCUAUGUCGAGAUGAGUUCUGAUGGAGUAACUGAAGCAGUAAAGGAAGGAUAUCAGACAUCGGUACCGGAAAGUUCUACGAUCACCACUACAUAGAUCAAGGACAUAGUCCAGGGAGCCAACAGUGGCAUUUGGUUGGCUGAGGUCGGUAUGUUGUGAAUUUAGUCUGGGUUCUUGUUAUUCAUCUUUGAUUGAUGAGCAGACUGGUAGUAAACAUGAUGGGUACUCCCAAAAAUACAGGAUUUUGCCACCUGAACUAGGUUGAUGCAAAUGACUUAGGUGUGUUGCAAUGUUCUUCAAGAUGUUAGGUUUAAUGGCUAUUUUGAGACUUCCCAUGGGGCUGAUUUUUGAUAGCCUUUUAUCAUGUUGUGCUGGUAACUGGGUUUUCAUAUGAACUUGCUUGCACUUGUUGCCCGAAAUGUAAACCAGAGAUCUCCUGUUUCCGGGUUUGCCCUAGUAGGAUCAGUCUGUGAAUAGCUUUUCCUGUCAUCUCAUUUUCCUACUCGAUCUGGGUGUGUGUUUCCAUGUUAAGGUGGAAUACUCUCUUUGCAGUUUGAUUCCCUAGAAUCCCGGACUAGUUGCAUUUGAAAUGAGACAAUGAUUUUUCGGA